AUGAAAGCAAAUCUUGUAUGGAGAAAGUUAUCAUCAUCAUCCUCUGUCCUGCAGAACGGUUUCCGUAAUAUGCGGACCAAUCAAUAUGUUGCACUCGCUUUGAGGGACAAGAGUUUUAUUGGCAUGAAUAGUCAUAACAACAUUAUCGAAAGGAAAUUUUCUACAUACUUUGUAGCAAAUCAAGUGUGCACUAAAAACAUGGAUCGGGAAUGUCCUCGUAGUACAGAUCCGAUACUAUUAAAUCAUCAACAGCAUCAUCAUCCUUGUUGGAAUUGUGAAACCGAGUUAUCAUGCCAUCUAUUAUUUUGUAGUUCAUGCAACAAAAUUCAACCACCUUCUUCCGAGACUCAUGGCACGUUGGCUGGACAAUAUCCUGAAACUUCAAUUGAUUAUUUUACCCUCAUGGAUUUACCUCACGAAUUUUCCAUUAAUCCAAAAGUAUUGCAUGAAAAAUAUAAGGAAUUGCAAAAGGUUCUUCAUCCUGACAAGUUUGCUCAAAAAUCUGAAACGGAAAAGAAAAUAUCAAGAAUGCAAUCUGCUAUCGUAAACACAGCUUAUCAAACGUUGAAAAGUACAAAAUUGAGAGCUGAAUAUUUGUUGAAAUUGAAGGAGGCACAAAAAUUAGGACCCUGUAAUCAUAAAUCAGUGAACGAUGUGCAAUUGUCUCCCGAAUUUUUGAUGGAUAUUAUGGAAGUGAAUGAACAAAUUAAUGACAAUGAAGACAACAGAGAAGCAUUGACUGAAAUACAAAUGGAUUUCAAUGAGAGGAAGCGACUGAUCGUGCGUUCCAUUGAUGAGCAGUUUAAAAAGGACGACUUGGAUGAAGCUCGUUUUAAGAUUGCACAAUUGAACUACAUUGAACGAACCUUACAACUUGUCGACAACAAACUCCACCAGUUAGACCUCAAGGAACAUCGUUCUCCUUCCAAUGAACCCUGCGAUGAAUGUGAACGUAAAAAUUAA